AUGAGUCUGAAAUAAUAAAAUUAAACAGAAUUCUCAGAUCAAUGUUCAGUGUUGAUAUAUGAUCAUUAAGAAGGACCAAAGAUUGUUGAAACAUUAUUAGAUGAAUAAUGGAGAUGGGAUUAUGUUGACAAAUUUUUGCAAAUAUUUAAGUGA